UCCUCGAAAGCUCCCGUCAAGCUCGCCCGUGUCAUCAAGGUCCUUGGCCGGACAGGAUCGCGUGGAGGUGUUACCCAAGUCCGUGUCGAGUUUUUGGACGACACGACCCGGACAAUCAUCCGUAACGUGAAGGGCCCCGUACGGGACCAGGAUAUCUUGGCUCUCCUGGAGAGUGAGCGUGAGGCUCGGUGCGUC